AUGGAGGAACAACAGGUGCCUAUGGGCACUCCACCCGAAAGGGACACUGAAAUAUCCCUCGACCCAAUUACACCAACCAAAAAUCUCACCGAGAUCUCCAAGGAUGAGACAGCCAAAGCCUCCAGAAAUGAUCAUCCUGAAUCCCUUGAGGCUAUAUCAGAAUGCCCGUCUGGGGAAAUUGAUUGCCCAGAACCUUUUGAGAGUCUCUUCUGUGAUCUUACUAGCGACCACCCUCCUGGCGAGGCAGAGUUUCGACCACAGGAGACUGAUGAAAACAUUACGGAGAACGAAAACGACAAAGAUUGGUCUCCAGAUGAGGGGCAGGAUACAUCAAAUGAUGCUGCCAGCGAAGGCCCCUCAGCCAAAAACAAAAAAAGACCUCAUACCUCAAAUGGAGGCUUUACGCGACGACGCAAAAAUGAAGUCAAGCGAAUUCUCGGCUCAGAUAACACUUUGGUGACCGAAGAGCAACGGACGAACUUAACAGAGCCCAUUUUCACUGAUCCAGAACUCGACAACCUGAUUUCAGCACACAAUUAUGACGAGACCAUUCAGCAAAAUAACUUGCUUCCCUCAGCUCCAAUUUCAAAAAGCAGGAACAAGAGAGCAGCCCUGGCUGAGGCCGUUGCGGCACUCGAGGCCGGUGGGUGGAUUAUCGCUCGUGAGACUUCCGGUUCUCGGCCCCACGGUGGAUUACUGUGCCAUGAGAUGGGACUGGGAAAGACGUUGACAAUGCUAUCGGUCACUCUCAACGAGAUUCCAUACCUGAACCACCCCGGAGAGACGACACUGAUUAUUGUUCCAAGCACAUUGGUUAGCCAUUGGAUGAGCCAAAUUUUUCUUCACAAAGGUAUCACAGUCAAGGUGGACCGCUACUGUGCUGGGCACCGCACGGACAGACCCGAUCUACUCGAAUGGUUCUCAGAACAACAUAUCGUAAUUACCACAUAUCACGAAAUUUGCAAGUCCUACCCCAAAAUCGAGCAUCCUCAAGGGACCCUCACGGAUGAGCAAUCCAAGCAAUGGCUGGAGAACUUUGAGACGCACCGCGGGGCAUUUCACCAGUUCAACUGGCACCGGAUAAUUCUGGAUGAAGCACACGUUAUCAGGAACAGGGAGGUCAAGGUUUCCAGAGCCGUUCGAGCCCUAAAUGGAGAACGGAAAUGGGCCGUGACAGGAACGCCAUUGCUAAAUCGCACGAGUGAGAUUUACCCCUAUCUCGAGCUGAUUGGGGUACCCGAUUGCUUGGACUUUGGCAACUUUCAAACGUUAUAUUGCGACGGUUCUGAUAAAGCUAAGAAGCGGCUGAAGAGUUUGCUUGGCAAUGUCAUGCAUCGACGAAGCCACAAGAGCAGACUCUUUGGAGCACCACUUCUCAAACUUCCGAAUAUUGUUGGACGAGUGGAAGAAAUCAAGCUCAGCAAGGCCGAACAAUGUCUGAACGACCAGAUAAAGCAAUGGAUUAUUGGUACAGUGAACGGUCUCGCAGAAAAUGAAACAGAACAGUCGAGAUGCAUAUUGGCCGUGAUAACGCGAAGUCGCAUGUUUGCGAGCCAUCUACUCACUGCUCAGAGAUUUCUCGAAUCGGUCCUCAACGAUGAAGCUAUGACCAAAUUGAAGAACAUGAGAAAUCAACCGGGAAUAGACGAAGCUUCCGGAAUGAUCAUAAUGGCACUACUCAGUGUGGUCGAAGGAACUCCCCAAGAAACAACUCUUCCACCUGGCGAUCCGAGCAAAAGUCAAAGACCAAAGCCCCCUGUGGACAAGAGUCUAAUUGAGGAAGUUCGGUCCCAACUCGAGUAUCUUUCCACAGAAGAAAAAUGGUUCGAGCGCAUGGAAAUAUUGACUCGCGAGAUCGUCAAUGUCCAUCUUGCAAAAUGGACAUACAAAGCGUUUUUGGCGACUAUGCGACCUUCAGAUCAAUCGCAAACAGACCAUGGUGUUCUUACGGAGGAUUCCAAUGAGCUUGAACCUGAGCCCGAGCCCGAGCUCGACUGGGUGACAAAGAUUGGUGAUGUGACUCCGGGGGCAAAGACAACGGCAACCGAAACGCAAAUAAAAAAAUGGAUUUCUGAAGACAAAUAUGUCAAGAUUGUUGUCUUUACUGACUUCCUGGCUACCAUGCGGUUGCUUCAAUACAUGUGCGACAAGAACGACUGGAAAUACGCCAUGAUGCAUGGAAGAGUGUCAAUUGCGUCUCGUCAAGCUCAGGUGGAGAAGUUUCGAAAGAACGACGAUGUCAAAAUUCUCCUUGCUACCCUCAGGACAGGCGCAAUCGGUCUCGAUUUGACAAUGGCCAACAAAUCUAUCAUCUAUGACCAGUGGUGGAACGCGGCAAUUGAGCAACAGGCUUAUUGCCGUCUUCACCGAAUCGGUCAGACACGCGAGGUGGAAUGGGUCAAACUUGUUACACGCGGCACGAUCGACGAUUGGAUACUGGAUCUACAGAAGAAGAAAACCCAGGAGAUCAAUGAGUAUAUGAACCAAAAGGGUCUACUCAGCCGAGAAGCAGAGAUUAGUUUUCUGUCAAUGCUGGGAGAAGUCACAGAACGACCUGGUGGUGGAUUCAUGGUCAAACCCACGGAGAACCCAAACGAAGAACCUUCGCCACUUCACGGCAAUGAUGAAUAG